GAAGGUCAACGACCAAGCAUACAAUGAACUUCUAUAAAACCAAGAAAAUUAAGUUUGAAAAGAUGUAUCUACUUCAAUAUAUAAGCAUAAAAUGGAUUCAAUAAAGAGCAAUGAGGAUGUUUCAAAUGUUGAUGUGAUUAGUGCAAAAGAUCUGCUCUCUUCGGGUCACACUUAUUUAGACGUGAGGACAACUGAAGAGUAUAAUAGAGGACAUAUUGAUAAAGCCAUAAAUAUUCCAUACAUGUUUCUCAAUGAACAAGGAAGGGUGAAAAAUCCAGAUUUUCUUGAGCAAGUCUCUGCAGUGUGCCAAAAGGAGGAUCAUCUGAUUGUGGGAUGUAACAGUGGAGGGAGAGGACUUCGAGCAUGCGUCGAUCUCCUUAAUGCGGUUAGUGAGCCUUUCAAUUUCCCAUUUAUAUAUUUAUUUAAAAAAAAUGACAGUUCAAUGCAUAAAAUAUAUUAUUUUAGUAGGAUUUAGAAAAAAGUGGCAUUU